AUGAAAACAUAUCCGUUGGCAUACCAAAACCAACAACAUCAGUUGAAACAACAACCCCAGUUAAAACAACAACGCAAAAAACGACUACUACAACGAAAGCAACAACAACAGCAGCAGCAAGAGAAACAGCAACCGAAACAUAAAGUUGGUAAAGAGGAAACGGAUGUUGCACUUGUUGUUGGCCGGGCAGCAUGGUGGAUUCCUGUAUUGGCAACAAACAACAAUAUGCGAAAUUUAACAUUCGCCCAAGCAUUGAGAGAUUUUCUACAAAAUGUUUCAUUUCAUUGUUAUGGAAAAUUAGUUGAAACAGGACGUCGUUAUCAAGAGAGACUAUUUUGGUUGGUUUUCCAUAUAGCAGCAUUGUCUACGCUAAUUAUUUUCCUUUUGAAUAAUCGCAAUACUGGGGGUCAACUAUUGGCGACAACCAUAUAUGAUCCAUUGUAUCCCAUACGUAAGGUACCGUUUCCAACAGUUUCUAUUUGUUCAAUAAAUCGCAUCUCGAAUGCCUCUGCCACACGUUACGCCGAAGAACUCAAUAGAAAGGAUCCCCGCAAACGUGGAGUAAACUUUUUUUAUGAGCAAAUUAAAAUGCUGCAAUACAACUAUUAUGUACAAGAUGACAUAAGGGAUUACUAUAAGGCCCUCACAUUUCAACGAUUUUUGGACAUAUACGAUCGAGAAGAUACCGAAUUGUUUUACAAUACCAGGAGGCGAAUGGCUAAGCUUACUCCCAACUGUUCAGAUAUUUUAGUACAAUGUCGUCUUGGUGGCAAAUACAUUAACUGUGCUGAAGAAUUUCAGGAAACAUUUACAUCGAGAGGCCUAUGUUGUACAUUUAAUAACAAUAAAAAGUAUUCGAAAGAACGCAGUUUUCGCAAACGUUAUUUUGGAGAAAACCUGGGCCUAAUAUUAUUGCUAAGUUCUCCACAAAAGGAUUCUUUUUACAAAAUGUUCACUCUAGAUGGCUUUAUAGUUGAUAUCCACUCACCAACAUUAUAUCCUGAUCACUCCUCGGGUGGUGUUGAAGAGCGUUUUGUGCAAACUGGCAUCGAUACGUACUUAGCAGUGACACCACGAAUAUUUCAAACUGUUAGUGAAGCUAGAUUUUUAAGACCUAAAGCUCGAAAUUGUUUAUUUAAUGACGAACUUCCUGCAUCGUAUGGGAAUGAUUAUACUUUUAACAAUUGUGUAACACUUUGUCGUAUCCGCAGUAUUUUUAUACUGUGCGGUUGUAUGCUGUUUCCAACACCUUAUGAAAACUUGACCAAUCCUAUAGAUACAGUAUUCUGUAGUUUGCAACACAAAGAGUGCUUAAUGCGUUAUGACUUUAAAUGGUAUAAUGUCAUAACACAAAGACAGAAUAUACGUGGUCUUGAACGUGAAAUGGAAGAUGCAUUAUAUUGUCCAGAUUGUUUACCCUCAUGUUCGGAAACAAAGUACAGUGUACAAGUAAUGGGUUUGCCAUUAAACGAAUACAAUAUGAAAUCAUUUCCUGAAUACAAGAAAAAUUACACCGAUUUAGCUUUGGUGCGUAUAUUUUUCGGCGAAACAAGUGCCGUAUUUUUCAAAAGAGUUCUAGUGGAUUCGUGGUUCGAAAUAUUCAGUCAUGUUGGUAAUAUUUGUGGUAUAAUUGCUGGAUUUUCAUUAAUUGGUAUUUGUGAAGUGGUUUUCUUUUGCAUACAACAAUUAUUUAGAGCCUAUAAAAAUGAAGUACAGUGGGAUGGAAAUCGUAGGGUUAAUGCAGAUCAACCACUUAUGAUAUUACCAUAA